GUCACAGGCAACCUCAGUACCUGGUGUAGGCAGCCAUGGGGAAGCGAUACUUCUGCGACUACUGUGACCGCUCCUUCCAGGACAAUCUCCACAAUCGAAAGAAGCACCUGAAUGGGCUGCAGCGCCUCAAGGCCAAGACGGUGUGGUACGACAUGUUCCGAGAUGCAGCCGCCAUCUUGCUAGAUGAGCAGAACAAGCGACCCUGCAGGAAGUUCCUGCUGACAGGCCAGUGUGACUUUGGCUCCAACUGCAGAUUUUCCCACAAGUCAGAGCGAGACCUGCAGGAGCUGAGCAUCCAGGUGGAGGAGGAGAGGCAGGCCACGGAGUGGCCUAUGGACACUACCGAGCUUCCUGAGGGCCACCUGGAGGACUGACUGGAGAAGAGAGCCAAGCGACUGAGCUCAACCCCCAGCAGCAGGAUUGAACCCAUCAGAGCCACUGUCUUCCAGUACCCCAUAGGCUGGCCGCCAGUCCAGGAGCUGCCUCCAUCCCUGAGGGCACCCCCACCUGGGGGGUGGCCCCUGCAGCCCAGAGUCCAGUGGGGUUGAACCCCUUGCCCCUGCUUAACUCCUACCUGG